GUGAAUGGCUACCAAAUCUGUGAAUAUCAAAUGGACGAAUGGAAAAAGUACCUUUAAAAAUGUAUCAUUGUCUCUUGAUGAGCCACCUGAUGUUUUCAAGGCUCAGAUAUUUGCUCUGACCAGCGUGCCACCUGAAAGACAAAAAGUAAUGCUGAAAGGUAAAUUAGUUAACGACGGUGAAUGUUGGAAUGAUUCAAUAAAAGCGCUUCUGAAAGACAACUGCACUCUUAUGUUGAUGGGCUCCGCAGACGAGGUGAUUGAAGAACCUAACGAGAAAGUUAAAUUCCUAGAAGACAUGAAUGAAUCUGAACGAGCACAAGCUUUUGAUGCGCCAAUGGGUUUGAAAAACCUGGGGAAUACUUGUUAUUUGAAUGCUACAAUCCAAUGCCUGAAAACAAUACCUGAGCUAGAUAAAGCUAUUAACGAGUACACGCGCGACACUAACAGUUCGCUCAGUGACGAAACCGAUAUUGUACAACAUAUGUCAUUGCUGUACCAAAAUUUCAACAUGACCGAAGAAGCACGAAUUCCGGCACUAUAUAUUUUCAUCGCAGGCGUGCAUAGAUGGCAACCGCGCUUCAGCGAGAAAGAUGACCACGGAGGGUUUAUGCAACAAGAUGCUAAUGAAUUCUACCUUGAAUUGCUAUCCGAACUCAGGAACAAAGUUAAAACUCCGGGUUCUGAAUCGCGUACCUACGUAAAAAAAUUGAUGGCAAUCGAAUUAGAGUCAACCACGAAAUGCCUGGAAACUGAUGAUGAGCCAGUGAAAACUGAGAAAGAGAAUGAGUUGCAACUCAGUUGUUUCAUCAACCAGUCAAUUAGUCAUAUUUACUCUGGAAUUAAAAACAAAAUGACGGAAACAAUUCACAAAAGAUCCGAAACAUUGGGGCGUGAUUCAGACUUCCAGAAGAGUAGUCUAAUAUCAAGGCUACCAGGAUAUCUCUGCGUUCAGCUGGUUCGGUUUUCGUAUAAGCAAAACAAAGGUGUUAACGCCAAACAAUUGCGGGAUGUGAAAUUUCCAAUGGAGCUGGAUCUCUAUGAUUUAUGUACACCUGAACUGCAGGGAAAGCUAGAAGCUACUAGAACUCUGCUAAAGGAUGAAGAUGACAGAAAAGCACUAGAGGUUAAAGCCAAGAAGGCAAAAGGAGAGCCGAUGGAUACUUGGGAGGGAAGCCAGGAAGUUCAGUAUGAGCAGUCUGGAUUACCUGACGAUCCGUUUUCCAGCAACUCAGCAAAGUAUGAAUUAAUCUCGGUUCUGACUCACCAAGGCCGUAACAGUUCUUCUGGCCAUUACAUUGCAUGGGUGAAAAAAGCCGAUGAUUAUUGGUUUAAAUGUGACGAUGACAAAAUUUCAGCUGUAACUAACGACGAGAUACUGAAACUCUCUGGCGGAGGUGACUGGCAUAUGGCCUAUCUGCUGUUUUACAAGACACGAAGUCCUGAAAAAGUUGCUACAAGUAAUUAAACGAAAUCGCCUAUCAUUGAGCGUCCUAUUAUUAAGCUAUUAUUGUAAUAUAAAGUUAAAAAGUGAAUAGAAGUGCUAUUCUUGAAUUACUUUGUGUGAAUGUGAAAGAGUUAAUCAAUUCUUUUUAAAA